CUGAAGGUUCAGCCUCAUUUCUAAAUUCGCACAUAAGCUCCAGAGAGAGAAGAGAAACACUGGAAGCAAGAUCCUCUCUUUCUUUUGCUCUGUCCUUGAUUUGAUGAAACACAUGGUGGCUUGCAGUCUAUUAUUCUGAACUUGCUGCAGCUCUCUGGCAAAGACAACAGACUUACAGUGUGAUAUCUACAGUCUGAAAAUGAAUUGUGCAAGAGUUCUCCAUGCCCUUGGUAGUCACCCCCAGCCAGCUGUGAUGCCAGUCGACCUCGCCAAGUGUCUGAGCCUCAGCCAGCGUCAGCCUCUUCAUCAACUGCUGUCCAUGUCUCCUCUGAGACCCACACAGCCUCGUCAGCCGACUGACUGUCCCCCGAGGGCCAGCCUUCGCUCUCCACAUCACUCCUUCUCUUCCCCCUACUCUUCAUCCUUACUGCUGUCGUCCUCCCUUGUGCCUCGGAGCUGUUUCCGCAGGGACAGCGGAGGUCUGAACAAGAAGCGUGUGGUGUUUGCAGACACCAAGGGAUUGGCUCUCACUGCUGUGCGUCUAUUUAUCCCUGAGCCCUGUUCCCCUUCUUCUACUCUAGUGAUGAAUCCAUCCUCAGCCAAACCGCAAGGCCAACAGUUGACCUCAAACAAACUGCAGCGCCACAAGUUGCGGCUGGGUUUCCCUCAGCCAACGCUUGACUUUAAAGCCUUCCUUGCACGUCUGCAAGAGAUAUGCGUACAUUUGGAAAGCUGCAACAUUUCAGAGCACUCCUUGAGUGGCAAAGUGCGUGUCUCCCAUGUCAGUGUUGAAAACGCUGUGCAGAUAAGGGUGACCUUUGACUCUUGGCGGAGCCAUCAUGACAUUCCCUGCACAUUCCUGCAGAAGCAGCGCUGUGGGGGUUCUGAUAUGGAUGUGUUUGCCUUUGACCUAAGCUUACCAAAGAACAUAGAUCCAAAGGAGCGAGUCGAGUUUUGUGUGUCCCUCAGGCCUGGACCUGGCGCAACGCCACACUGGGACGACAACAGGGGGCAGAAUUACAGGGUGUGCAUGGAAAAAGAUGGAUCAAAUGCUAACCAAGGCAAUGCUAACCAUUUUUACCCCACGCUUUCAAAACAUCGGCCGCCAUCGUGGCCUUCACAUGUGUUCAGUAAGAAGAACUCUGCUGAUCUUCAGAGGAGUUUAUCAAGCAGUGCCAGAGCAGAGUGGAAAACUCUGUGUCCAACUAAGUAGAGAAAUGAGCCCAUACCCUCUCAACAGAGCUAUGAAAAUAUGUAAUAUGUAAUUAGCUUAAUUAACAAAUAUUUAAGGAAGAGUUAGUGCUUUUAGAUAUGUAUGGACUUUCUGAAAUCUCCAGUGUUGGAUGCUCUCAAGCCUGCUGUUCAAAAACAGCUCACCCACCUGAGCUCAACUUACCCUGCUGAAAUGUGAAUAAUACAUACUGCAUUAAUGUUCUGAUUAAAUCUAUUUUUUUAAAAGCU